AAUCCUCCUACACCCUGAGUCCCUGACAUUGACAAUGAUCUUUCAUUAUUCAGGAUGAACUGACGAACCGUUCUCGUACUUUUGCCGAAGCUGUGGUUACUAUGGUAUGGCUGGUGCUUCUAGCACUGGCUCUCAACAAGCCCAAGUGGAAGAGUGAGGUGCCCGGACUUGAUGUCCCCAACUUUAUGCUCUUCCUUGCAGGUUCUACCAUAAUAACUGGUAUCUGCCCAUUGCUGGCUUGCUGUGUCCUCGAGAAACUCCGUGCAAUUAGUGACAUAGCAGCCCUUUUUUCUGCUGUUAUGCUCUUCUUUCUUGCCUACUGGAUUGCACUAUUUACCGUCUCAGAUGAAGUUAUUGUGUUCUGGGUAGCCCUGGUGUUUCUAGCUUGUAUGGUGCUUCGUGUGAUCACCUACUACUCGGUGGAGACCGAAGGACAUGGCCAUCCAGAGAGAACCAAAGAAUUCCACAUUAUACUCGAUGGCUCACAUGAGUUCACGUGUUGUAUGAUUGGAAUUCACUUUCUGUGGUUGGAAAGCUUGGCAUUGGGUGGUCUGAUCAACAAAAGCCAUGGAAUACAGAAUGCUCUCUCGGAAGUCAUGGGUAUCUCCAGCAUCCUUUGUUGCGCUGUCGGUCUGGGCACAAUGUACAUGGAGAUGGCGCCCUCUCUGACAUCAAGUAUAAUGGGUGACAUUGUGGGGCCUAUUUUCUGUUUUGACAUCUUCAUGAUAUUCAGUAUCGGCACAGUAUUAGGAGCCGCUAUGUGGAAAUCAUUGGUAUCUCCAGGUUUGCUGCUGCUCCUCGUUGGUCCAUUAAUAAUCGUUGGACCAUUAAUAGCAUUUUUUGUACUUGUGUUACAUGUCAGUUGCCCGGAAGAGGCAGGGGCUAGCCAGCACAACCAUGGAGGGGGUAGCCAAGACACGGAAGAGGCAGAGGGUAGCCAACACAACCACGGAGGGGGUAGCCAAGACACGGAAGAGGCAGGGGGUAGCCAGCACAACCACGGAGGGGGUAGCCAAGACAAUGAGACACCUAAACUGGCGCCACUUGGAUUGACCAAACUCAUGGUUACUGGAUUCCUGACCGUUUCUAUAAGUGUCGAUUCAUCCGAUGUGGGGAUCACCAAUUGGUUCCUGGUAUUUGCAGCAGCGGCUAUUGUUUCUGGUCUAACAUGGAGGCUUCUGACGCAGGACCAAGUAAGGAAAAUGCUGGAAAAUAAGAAACACACCCCUGUUUCUCAAGCAAGAAUAGAUAAAGCUGCAGCUGUUACUUCUUCUGCCAACACAGCAAGCUUCUGCGCCCACUUCUUCAUUGCAAUUGCCACAGUCCUACUUAUGUUCGAAGUCUGUAAUGUUAAGAUGCCCAUGAGUGCGGCGGCGCCUGCUCCUGCUCGUGCUGCACGGGCCUAGGUAAUUGUUGAAUGUUAUAAAUAAUUUUAUGUGUACUGUUAUAUUAGUUUUGGUGUAUGCAUCUUUUAUU